AGGACUGUGCCGAGUACUUUCCCGAAAGCUGGCCCCAAAAGAACACAUGGAACGAUGGACCAUGUACCGUGGCUGACAGGAAGUUCAUCUGCCAACUCUCUCAAUUAGCAAUUACGCUGAUUGGCCACGACAGUGAGGCACGGACACAUGUGGAUGGGGUUGAGGCUCCAGGCAGCUACUCCAAGGAUGUGACAUACUGGAACAGUAUGGACCAAGUGAGAGCUGUGGUGGACCAGUCAUCUCUAUGCAAACAGCUCAUUAAGUAUGAAUGCCAUCAUUCACAUAUCUGGGACUCAAAUGGCACACCCUUUGCCUGGUGGGUGACUUGGGACGGUCGCCAGGCUGACUACUGGGGAGGUGCCAGUCCUGGGAGCGGGAAAUGUGCCUGUGGACAAACAGGCACAUGCUCUCGUAGAUGUAACUGUGAUGCCAAUGAUUACACAUGGCGUGAGGAUUCUGGGUUCCUGUCCCACAAGAAUGACCUGCCUGUCACCCAGCUCAGGUUUGGGGAUGCUGGUGAUGCACGCGAAGAAGGGUAUUACACCCUGGGCAAACUUAUCUGCUAUCCCUGAGUCUACCCGUCAACAAUUGCCAGUCUUUUACGUAAAGACAUAAACCAGCACAUUACACCAUGUAGUUUUCACUUAAACAUCUUUAAGUUAGCAUGUAACAGUGUGGCGUUACAUAUUUGGUGUUCCUUUGUAUGCUUAACUAACAUAGUGUAGUAAAUAACUUAAAGAUAACGGACAUAUUAUGACACGCAUAUUCUUUGUUUUUUUUGGCAAGGUCCUGUUAGGCAACAUAUUAUCAGUAGAUGUGGUCACUAGUAAGUCUGAGGUGUCGAUGUUUAUGUUUUGUUGUAGUUCUUACAAAUUGUACCAAAAUCAAA